AUGGAGCUAUCACCACUGUUACUCACCAGCUUUGCCAUGGUGCUCGCUAUCGUGAUCCUCCGCCGCAGACUGAAAGGCAAGUCGUCCCGCCGUGUUUAUCGCCUCCCGCCAGGUCCGAGACCAUGGCCUGUCAUCGGCAACUUCAACCUGAUCGGCGCGCUCCCGCACCGCUCCAUCCACGAGCUCUCCAAGAAGCACGGCGAGCUCAUGCACCUCCGCUUCGGCUCCUACUCCGUCGUCGUCGCUUCGUCGGCCGAGACGGCCAAGCUGUUUCUCAAGACCCAUGACCUGCUCUUCCUGGACCGCCCCAGGACGGCCGCCGGCAAGCACACCACCUACGACUACGCCGACAUCACGUGGUCGCCCUACGGCGCGUACUGGCGCCACGCGCGCCGCAUCUGCGCCACCCAGCUUUUCAGCCCCGCCCGCCUCGCGUCGUUCGAGCACAUCCGCGUCGAGGAGGUGCGCUCGCUCGUGCGCGGCCUCUUCGCGGCGGCGGGUUCGGGCCGCGCCGUGCCCGUGCGCCUCGGCAAGGACCACCUGUCCACGCUCAGCAUGAACGUGAUCACGCGGAUGGUGCUGGGCAAGCGCCUCUUCGACGCCGGCGACGGCGGGGAGAACGCGGCGGCGGAGGGGCCGGUGUCGUCCCUGCCCGAGUUCAUGUGGAUGACGGAUGAGCUGAUGCUGCUCAACGGCGUGCUCAACAUCGGCGACUGGAUCCCAUGGCUGGACUGGCUCGACCUGCAAGGGUACGUGCGGAGGAUGAAGAGGAUCGCGGAGAGGUUCGACGCGUUCUUAGAGCACGUCCUCGACGCGCACAGCCAGAGCCAGCGGCGGCGGCGCGAGCGCGACGGCGAGAGCUUUGUGGCGCGGGACAUGGUGGACGUGCUGAUGCAGCUCGCAGAUGACCCCACCUUCGAGGUCCAGAUCGGCCGCGUGGGCGUGAAGGCGUUCACGCAGGACCUCAUCGUCGGCGGCACGGAGCCCGUGUCAGCCACCGUGGAGUGGGCCAUGUCGGAGCUCCUGAGGAAACCGUCUGUCUUCGCCAUGGCCGCCGAGGAGCUGGACCGAGUCGUCGGCCGCGGCCGCUGGGUGACCGAGAAGGACGUAGCUCAUCUCCCCUACCUCCAAGCUGUUGUCAAGGAGACCAUGCGCGUGCACCCCAUCGCGCCGCUCCUGCCCCCGCACGUUGCCCGGGAGGACGCGUCCGUCGGCGGCUACGACAUUCCCAAGGGCACACACGUCCUUGUGAACGUGUGGACUAUCGGCAGGGACCCGGCUCUGUGGGACGCGCCGGAGGAGUUCAGGCCGGAGAGGUUCGUCGGGAGCAAGAUCGACGUGAAAGGGCAGGAUUUCGAGCUGCUGCCGUUCGGGUCCGGCCGGCGGAUGUGCCCCGGUUACAACCUUGGGCUCAAGGAGAUACAGCUGAGCUUGGCUAACUUACUCCACGGGUUUACUUGGAGGCUGCCGGAGGGUAUGGCGAAGGAGGAUCUGAGCAUGGACGAACUGUUCGGGCUAUCCACCACGCGCAAGUUCCCGCUCGAGGUCGUCGUCCAGCCUAGGUUCGCUUCUGAACUCUAUGCAUGA